AUGGCUACCAUGCAAAACAAGUACCUGAGUAUGACUUUAUCUUACGGUACAUCCGCUGAUUCAAAUGUAUUGAGUGUAAUGGGAGUUGAUAGAGUCAAAGGUCUGUCCUUGGAAGAGAUUGAGAGUGCUGACCAGGAACAGAAGGAGUCUCAGGCGGACAGCGUAGUCAAUCAGAAUCGAGGCCAGCAGCAUUUCGAUAAGCGACUAGAUAAGGCAAACCCCUACCUUGAUCCUGGCCCAAGCUGCAGAGGACCCCUACUCGUUGUCCUUUUCGCACAAAUCAUUUUCAUUCCAGCACCAACUAAGAUGCCGGUUGCUGCCACACCGACCGGCCCGCGCGGGGUACCCUGUGAAUCUCGGCAGGGAUCUCCAUCUUGGAGAGAAGAAAGUGGAUUUGCUGAUCGAGGCGCACCAAUGAUGGCCAUUGCGGUCGAAGAUGAACCUUUGUUGUCGAUGUCUCCAUGGCGGCACGGAACCAUUAAUACCUAUGGACCUCUAUCAAUCGAGAAAAUUAAGACAAAUCAUCUGUUUGCUCUUGGCUUGGCACGCUGCGCCUCAGAAGCGAAGGAAUUGAGCCUUGUAACUGAUCCUAGUUCUAGGAUUAUUCACAAAGGGACCUCUUGCGAUGUUCUUUUGAUCCUUUAA